UCCUGACCAUUGAAGAACAGCAUGAAAGGCGAACAAAGCAUGCAGAGAAACAGAUGGACUACAGUCAGUAAUUGUAGAACUACAAAGUGCUUCUGUAUGGUAAGUGGAGCUGAUAAAAUGAUCAGUGAGUGUAGAAACAUGGAGGUGGUUUUAAUGUUGUGGCUGAUCGUUGUAUGUAAAUUUUGACUUUAGCUGUAUAAUGUUGUGGCAGUACAACAUUUAAACAACACUGAACCAAUUGUGACUCAUGUAUUGUACAGAGUGGUAUUAAAACUCAUUUUCUUUAAUAUAAAUACAAAAUAUAGUGCAUUUCUGAUAGCAGUUGUAUAUGUUUUUGUACUUAGAAGAAGUUUAAGCGGACAUCCAAGAAGUCAUGAGACAAAACACUGAACUUCCCUUUUUUCAAGCGUACAUUGGUACUUUCAUUCUUGCUUAAUCGUGAGGAAGCCAUAUGAGCAUGAGCUACUUCUUUUUUCCACAUUAACACAGAUAAAAAUGCUUUUGUUCUGGUGUUUCUGUUUGAUUUUGCUCCAAGUGUUUCUGACAUGUUCACUAUGUAAUGGUGAAUUCAGCUGCUUGAAUGAAGAAGGGCAGCCUGUAGACUGGUUCAUUGUGUACAAGUUGCCAAAAUAUAAGAAGGGUGAUGUGGGAAGCGGAGUCGAGUACAUGUAUUUGGAUCCUUCGGUAUCGACCUGGCAGAAGAGUCGAUAUGCAGUGAAUACUACUGAAGGGGCUGUAGGCAGAACACUCAACCAGCUAUACAAGAGCUACAAGUCAAAUAGCUCUGCAUACAUGCUCUACAAUGAUGCACCUCCAGAUCUUAAAUACGAAAACAAUUAUGGACAUUCAAAAGGGGCAUUGCUAUUCGACCAGUCUCAGGGAUUUUGGAUAUCACACAGCAUUCCUCACUUUCCACCAUUCCCCGAAAAAGGGUUUGACUAUCCCUCCACUGGAAAACUCUUUGGCCAGACUGUUCUGUGUACCACCUACAACUACACACAGUUCCAAAAAAUAUCACAACAACUGGCCUAUGUUUAUCCCCAUGCAUACAACUGCUCGGUGCCUGAAGCAUUUUCUAUAGACUUCACAGUCAUGUUACAGAUCUGUGCUGGCAAACCACUGUCUGUUACCCCAAGGAGAAGGCUUGAGAAGCUGCUGUCAUCCAAUGGAGAGGUGUUUCUCAAUUUUGCUAAAUCUCACAGUUAUGUUGAUGACAUCUAUGCUGGCUGGGUAGCACAGACACUGAGUGCAGACUUGCUGGUGGAAUCAUGGCAGCGAGAACCCCACCAGCUUCCCUCCAACUGCUCUCUCCCUUUCCAUGCAAUGAACAUCAGGAGGGUCCAACUCCCUGGAUCUGUGAUUUUCAGCUCUUAUGAUGACCACUCUAAGUGGUGUGUAUCUUGGAAUUUUAAAGCCCAGUGGGCUUGUUUGGGGGACUUGAACAGAGAGACUGCGCAGGCAUGGAGAGGUGGAGGGCUCAUCUGUACACAAAAUCCCACUGUCUACAAAGCUUUCCGCACAGCUGUCGCCUGGUAUAAAAACUGUUAACAUCAAGACAUCUUGUACAGUAGCUAAUUUCUUAUAUAAGAACGACCACCAUCUUUGUACAGAAUACUCAUUUUUUUUAGAAAAUAAAUGAAUGAAAAAUAUUAUGAACGUAAAUUUGAAUACUUGAAAACUGGAAGAAGUAAAACAUUUUUCCCUGUUUGCAUUCUCAA